AUGAUACAGAAGCUCUAUGAGAUGGACAGAGUUCAAAUGCUUUACCAGCAGAUGUGUCAUCUGGAGCUCACGUAUGGCCCUGAUGCAACCAAAUGCCAGAAUACCCUCGGCCUCCAACUAAAGUCGUUGCCUCCACCCACAACCCAGCCUCCACCCCCUACUUUACCACCUGUCUCCAAGAUGGAUGUUAUGUACCUGUGUAAUUUCAAAAGACCCCCAAUCAAGCCACAUAUUGUGUACCUUCCCGCUGGUGGUAUACCUGUACUGUGCGAUCCACGUUACCACCCAACAGUUUUGCCAGAUUGGAAAUGUCCAAUCCAGAAGUCACGCUCUCCACCUGUAAUUGCCUCAGAGCCAGUGACGUCUGCCCCUUCUCAACCACCACAAAAAUCCACGCCUCCACAAGCCCCUCAUCCAAUGAUUACCAAUGGAAUAGAGUUUGACUAUGAUGAUUGCCUAAUCAACAAUCCUCUGAGGCCAGUUGAGAUGAUUGAACCAUCACCAGCACUGCGUGGAAAGGUGAAAAAAGAAAUGGGGAACAAAGUAAUCCUAAAUGCCCCAGUUCCAACCUAUGACCCAUAUGACUUCAAUCAAGAUCUAUAUGAUCCUUUCCACCAUGCAGCUCCAGCUCCCCGAUUUCUUAAAUAA